GUGUGACCGUGACAGCCAGCAUGGCGCUACACCAGGGUUCACUGGCUAUUCUGGAAAACAAUGUGGGGGUCAGUGAUGCUGUGCUGCUGGACCCCAUGACAGAGGAUGCCUUCAUUGAAAACCUCAGGCUUCGAUACCAGCACAACCAGAUCUAUACUUACAUAGGAACAGUGGUGGUUUCUGUCAACCCUUACAAGACAAUCCCUCUGUAUACACCAAGCAUCAUUGAGGAAUAUCGCUCCAGGAACAUCUAUGAACUCCCACCCCACAUAUAUGCCAUCACAGAUGAGGCGUAUAGAUCCAUGCGAGACCGACAUUUAGAUCAGUGUAUUAUCAUCUCCGGGGAAAGUGGCGCUGGCAAGACAGAGGCCAGUAAAGUAAUAAUGCAGUAUGUAGCUGAAGUAUCAGGGAAAGGAGAAAAUAUUGACACAGUCAAAGAACAACUGCUGCAAUCCAACCCCGUACUCGAAGCAUUUGGGAAUGCAAAGACUAACAAGAAUGACAACUCUUCCAGAUUUGGAAAAUACAUGGAUAUAGAGUUUGAUUACAAGGGGGAUCCUAUUGGAGGAGUUAUAACAAACUAUUUAUUAGAGAAGUCCCGAGUAGCAGUUCAGAUGCCUGGAGAAAGGAACUUCCACAUAUUUUAUCAGCUGCUACAGGGAGCAAAACUAAACACACUUGAGUCUCUAAAAUUAACACGGGAGAUAGAUGAUUACAAUAUAUUGAAAGGGACUGUUGAUGCUGAUGUUGCUACUAUGAAUGAUCAGAAGAAUUUUGACACUGUAAUGCAUGGUAUGGAAGUGAUAGGGUUUUCAUCUGAGGAAGUGACAUCAUUGUUCCAACUGAUUGCCAGCAUCCUUAAGUUAGGAAACGUGGAGUUCUCUCACAGAAGUAAUGAGGAUGGUACAGACGGAUGUGAUCUAAGUAACAUGGCAGCACUGGAUGAUGCAGCAGCCUUACUGGGCUGUCCAUCAGCUGAUCUAAGUGUGGCCUUGACCCAGAGGAAAGUAGAGGUCAGGGGUGAAAAGGUGAAAAGAGAUCUGAGUGCAAAUGAUGGAAUGUAUGCGAGAGAUGCUCUGUGUAAAGCUAUCUACAGCCGCAUGUUUUCCUGGCUGGUAGCUCGUAUCAAUGAUAGCAUCAAGGUGACCUCUGGAAUUAGGACAGAGGUCAUGGGUGUCCUUGACAUUUAUGGAUUUGAAGUGUUUGAAGAAAACAGCUUUGAACAGUUUAUCAUCAAUUAUUGCAAUGAGAAGCUCCAACAGAUAUUUAUAGAGCUUACCCUGAAAGAAGAACAGGAGGAAUAUAUAAAGGAGGGAAUUGAAUGGAUUCAUAUAGAGUACUUCAACAAUGCAGUCAUCUGUGACUUGGUUGAGAAGUCUAAUGUUGGGAUCCUGGCCCUUCUGGAUGAGGAGUGUAUGCGACCGGGAAACCCCACCGACUUGACAUUCCUAGAGAAGUUAAACCAAGCGUGUAAUAAUCACCCUCACUACGAAAGUAAAGCACUGAAGAAGUGUCAGAACGACAAAACACUGACCCAUGGCACAUUCCGACUCAAACAUUACGCAGGCAAUGUAACAUACAAAGUGGAUGGCUUUCUGGAUAAGAAUAAUGACCUACUGUUCCGACAUCUGUCUCAGGCUAUGUACCAGUGUAAACACUGCCUCAUGAAAGGUCUUUUUCCAGAGGGAAAUCCAUCUCAGAAGUCCUUGAAAAGGCCAGCAACAGCAGGCUCACAAUUUAAGAUAUCUGUGACAGAACUCAUGAAGAAUUUGUCAUCAAAGAAUCCAAACUACAUUAGGUGCAUUAAACCGAACAAUUCAAAAGCAGCCAACAACUUUGAUGAGGGUUUGGUUAGACAUCAAGUGAGAUAUUUGGGUCUGAUGGAGAAUGUGCGAGUGAAGCGAGCUGGCUAUGCCUUCAGACAGAUCUAUCUUCAGUUUUUGUAUCGUUACAAAAUGUUGGCAGGUCCUACCUGGCCAAGGUGGGCUGGGAAACCCCAGGAAGGGGUCAGAAUUCUUCUGGAAGCUCAGGGGGUUCCAGAGGAUGAAUAUGCAUUUGGCAAAACAAAAUUAUUUAUUAGGAAUCCCAAAACAUUGUUUGACAUGGAGGAAAAACGCAGACAGCACAUGCAUGUUUUGGCGACAAAGAUUCAGUGUGUGUUCAAGGGCUGGAGACAGAGAACUCUGUAUCUACUGAUGAAGAGAAGCCAGGUCAUCAUCAGUGCUCGCUUCAGAGGAUACUGGGGACAGAAAAUGUACAAAAGGACGAAACAAGCUACCCUUGUGUUGCAAUGUUUUGCCAGAGGUUGGAAGGCAAGAGCUUUGCUCAGGAAAUUGAAACGAGAGAAGCUUGAGAUAGAAUCGGCUAAUGUGAUCAGGAAAUUCUACUUGGGUUACAAAGCAAGAGCUUUGCUCAGGAAGUUGAAACGGGAGAAGCUUGAGAUAGAAUCAGCUAUUAUGAUCCAGAAAUUCUACAUGGGAUAUAAAGUAAGGAAAGAAUACCAACCAAGGUUCCGUCGGAUUGCUGGUCCAAAGAUUGCAAGAUUCUUUGUUAUAGCCCUGCGAAAGAAAUUCCUUCUUGAUUUGAAAGGCAAGUUGCCGAGUUUAUCUCCUAUUGACAAAGAGUGGCCAGACUAUCCAAAAAGAUUUAAGGCAGCAUCAGAUCAGCUUAGAGAAAUGUACCAUGCCUGGAGAUGUCGAAAGUACAGAAGAAAAUUCAAUGAGGCAGAGAAAUAUAAAAUGAAGGAGAAAUUGAUGGCCAGUGAACUUUUCAAGGACAAAAAGGAGGGUUAUUCAAAAACUGUGCCCAAACCUUUCAAGGGAGAUUAUCAGAAUAUCCUGGCUAAUGAAAAAUGGAAGAAAUUACAACGACAAAACCCUGAAGACAAUCAUAUUGUGUUUGCAGAUGUUGUGCAAAAAGUUCAUCGAGCUAAUGGAAAAUCAGUGGAACGGCUGUUAGUGAUAAGUUCUCAGAACUUGAUUCUGAUUGAGCACCAUAGUAUGAUGAUGAAGUAUCGGAUCCCAAUCACCGACAUCUCCGCCAUGUCCGUCAGUCCGCACCCUGACAAUACCAUUGUGUUCCAUAUACAGAGGCAUGAAAAUGGAGACGGAUUGUCCAAGAAAGGUGACUUUGUAUUUUUAUGUGAGCAUACUAUUGAACUUGUGUCCAAAGUCUGCCUGCUCAUCAAAAAUCUGACAGAGAAAUUACCCGAGCUUCAUAUAGCUCCCUUGUUGAAAGCCCGGUUUGGAAAAUCAGAAGUGCAAUUGUCAUUUAAAAAUGGACUUACAGAGAGUGUUCCAGGGGGUGUAAAAAUUGUUCGCAAGAAACACACAAUGGAUAUUUUGUACAACUCGCCAACUCAAAAAACAAGUUCAGGAUCAUGAUGGGGUUUCAGAAAUUUCCGCUGAUCCAUUACAAGUUCUGCUCCCUUCAAAGACUUGUAUAAAAGACCACUUCCACUAAAGCCAUGCUUCAAACAACAUCAUCAGAGAGAAAACUCAGUAGUGUAAUGAUUUAUAACCAAAGAAUGAGGGCUGUGAGAGGUGGAAAUAGUGGGAAUUUUAUUGUACAUCUAUUUUUAUUAUAUGUACAUGUAUGUAGGAGUCAGUAUUUGUUGUCAUUUUUAUUUCUUCUUUGUAAAUGUUACUGAAUUGAUACCAAUAUUUGUAUACACAUUCAUGUAAUUACACUUUAUUAUGUUUUGAUUUGUUUUCAUUUUGUGAGAAUGGUUUCAGUGUUUUUGUGAUGUUGCAAUGACUUUAAGGAUUUUAAGAAUUCAAGUCAUCCAUUGUAGUCAGUAUUACAUAUUACAUGUAUAUUUACUGGAUCAAGUUUAAUUUCAGAGUGGAGAGAUACUUUUUGUUUUGUAAACUACCUGUGACAGAUAUUGUCCAUUAUUUUUGGUUUACAGUAAUGAUUUUACAUAUUAUAUAUUUGAAGUCAUGAUAAUAAUAUGAGUAUGAUCUCUAGAAGAUUUCACUUUUAAUAAUUAUUGAAUGACAAUGAAAAAGUCGUAGCACACUGGUCAUACCAGACUUUUAUAAUUACAUUUUUUUGUCUUUGACGUGUUAUUUUAAUAUACUUUUAUUAUUUUUUUAAGUCCCGGUUUCUACAAAGGGUACUUUUUACAAAUCUACAAUGACCAUGAGUUAGAAACAAUUUAGAAAUAGACUUUGGUGCUGUAUGUUAAGUUUCACAGUUAUGUUUUUUAUUUAAUCUUUCUAAGAUAUAGAUCUGUAUUAAAUGGAGAUGUGUCUCAUGUUUUAGUGCUUUCAUUUUUUUUUCUGAUUUAAAUUUCAAGAAUCAGUAUUUUAUUUUACGUUGUAGCUUUUACAGACAAAUUAAGGUUAAUCUCUGUCUUUUUAUAUUAUAAUGGUUGAUUGAUGUCAAUUGUUUGGCCUAUCUCCAUACCUGUUCCUGAAUUUAUUAUGUUAGUCUGCAUGAUAGUGAAAGUUAUUUCCAAUAACUGUUUUGCUGGCUGAGUCCUUUAUGUUUAUUAUUAUGGUUUAUGUUGUUGCUUACCUUUAAGUGUGUUUAACAUGCACAAGCAUCUACAUGUUCAAACAACAGGGUUUCAGAAAAUUCAACUUUAAGACAUUUAUGUUUAGCAAAUUAAUAAUUUUCACCCUGUGGUGCUGAAGUAUAAUGAAUAUUGCUCAAACUUGGGACUGGUUUGAGUUGACAUUCAUUUCAGUUUCUUAACAGUACAUUUAUAUGUUGAAUAAAAGUAUUAGGCACAGAAUUAGUCUUUGAACUUGUCCACAGUUUGUGCUGUGUAUAAGAGUGGCUCAAGUAUAAUGAUUUUGCAUGAGUAAGAUCUGACUUUCUACUCUAUUGACAGAAUAUUUAUUUAUCCAGAGUUAGUGUUACAGUAUGCAGUAUUUUGUUUUUGUUUUUUUUUGUUGAAUGAUUAUACAGAAAUUUUCUACAUAAAUUGUAAGUUGUUCAACACCAUUAUGUUGUAUGGGAGAGGAAGAGGUGCCAUUUAAGUUCUAAUAUUUAUUUGGAAAUCCAUUGCCUUGAUGAUCUUAAUCAUGAUCUCUUUAGAUGUACAUACAUGUAUUUAUAAAUUUCUCUAGUCUUUAAAUACACAUACGUAUACAACUAUACAUCUAGCAUAGGUGUAGGCCAUAGUGCCAAAACCAACAAAUGCCUUGGAGGAUAAACAAAUAAUUUUACAACUUCUGUGUUUGUAAACUUCACUUACAAACUUGUUCUGACUGUUGGCAGUGUUACAGAGGAAGGCAAUGUUAUCUUACAUGUUAGCUCAGAUUCAUGUCUUAUUUUGGGAAAAUCAAGAAGUUUUCCAUAAAACAUGCCAAUAUUUUACACUCCAGAAUUCAUGCCAUAUUAACCAGUGCAUUUAAAGGACAUGUACUUACUCAUUUAUAUCAGAUUUGUCUGUGUUGUUCAUCUAGAAUUAUAUGUCAUAUUUGUGUCUUAUUUACAACAUAAUACAUGGACACUGAUAGUCAUUUUUUGAAACCAAGUCUUUUUACUUAAUGGUUUUUGUGAUAUAACUGUAUUGUGAUUUUUGUGUUGUAUUAGGUCAAGCACUUCCCUUUUCUAAACUUCCAUCAACUUUUAUACAAAGACAACCCCAUACCUUUCACCCCACAAGGUAUUUUAAAAAAAUUGUAUGUUUAAGAGAACUGCAUAGGAGAAUCAAUUACUGAGCUAUAAUUGAGAUAGAGAAUGGGAAGCUUGACAUUCAUAUUUGACAGUAUAUUCUCAUUCAUACGAUCUUAAAUAUUCUGUUGUCUCUGAGCUAAAUCAAAUAUUUCAAUUCAUGGUAAAUAUGUCGUCUAUAUUAAUAUGUUCAUCAAGUACUUAAACUUUUAGAUAAAAACGAUGACAUUUGAGGUGCUGGAUUGUGUAGAUUCUGGUUGUAAACUGUUUUUCUGUACUUUAAACAUCAGAUUGUCCUGUUUAAUUUAUCCAUGUAUUUUGAAGUUAAGUGAGAAAUGCAAUCGUAAACAUAACUUUUAUGUUUUACUUUGGUGUGAAACCAUUUUCCCCUUUUUCUUCGUGUAAUAAUAUGUCAAUUUUUAAUCUUUUUAAUGUGAUCUUACUGAAUGUUUUUAUAUACAUUGUGAUUUUUCAAUGGGACCUAUAUUUUAAAUUGGUUGCUUGGACCAUUUUUACUUACAUUCGUACUGUUGUAUUCUUAAUAAACAGUGGUAUAACCAGACAAGAUGUGAUAGUGUCAAUAAACUUUGUAGUUUAAAAGACAAAAUAA